AUGUCACUCCCCUUUCCGUUCGAGAUCACAUCUUACAUCUUCUUAGUCGCUCUUCAGGACGGCACCGAGUCGUUCCAUCCCGCGCAAACAUCCUUGGCUCUAGCCCAUGUGUGUCAAGAGUGGCGAGCGGUCGCCACAGCAACUCCUCAACUAUGGACGAACAUUCAACUUCAGUCCGGCGGCGGCGGGUUACCUCUUCUUUCAACUGUACAAAAAUGGCUCGCAUGGUCCGGGUCAUUCCCACUCACGAUCUCUUUCACAAUCACUCCUGGCGCUGGACGCUAUACGAACACACGCUCCCGACGGAUGGAGGCCGAAUACGUUCACCUCUUGUCUCAGCACUGUGGACGAUGGAGGAGGGCGAAAAUUCAGCUCCUCCAUGAGGAGUCAGCGGCCGUCCUGGGAGCUCACCUGAAUAGUUGGCUCAGACGCAACAACACGUUCCCCGUGCUCAGGUCCUUCGAGCUCGACCUUAGCCCCGGAGCGCGGGCGCCUCCCGAUCCCCAGACGAGCUGGAGCGCCGCCGUCCACAAUGCAUUGCUCAUGUCUCCCUAUCUCCAUACACUUUCUCUGGCGAGCUGGGACAGCAUCGUCGUACCUCCGAGUCCACCCCAUUCUCCCCUCUUCCUUCCGACUCUCCGCCACUUUACCCUCAUCUGCGACUAUCCCACCCAGAUUCCUUUGUUCAACCCUACGAAUCUUAUCGGAUUUGUACAAAGCUGCACGAACCUCGUUUCUUUAACACUGGGAUUCCCUUCGGUACAGCUUUUCCAAUGGCCACCUUCCUUUACUGCGGUUGAGCUCCCCUCCCUCACAGAACUGAAGCUGAGCGCCGAAGAUUACACAACCCUCGCCGGUCUCACCGACCUUUUCGAUGCACCCAACUUGACAUCACUCUCGUUCGCCCUCCGUGGCGACUCCUAUGACGACGAAAAUGCCGCUCAAACAUUUGGUCCCACAUUCCUCGAAUUCCUUGACUCCUGCGCGGACACGCUAACACACCUCACCCUCCACGUUGGCUUUAUCUUCGGCAGUGCGGACGCCCACGAAGCUAUAAUUAACCUCUCGAAGCUCUCCUCCUUGGUCAUCGGCCACGCGUACGAUCUCUGGGAAUGGAGCGAACUCUUCAAAUCCCUCACUUUUGACUUCACCAGCAACUGCCAAACAGUACAAUCACCGAACCCUGUCUUGGAGCGGUUCGUGUUCGAGAUAGACCCAGGAGUGGAGUUUGACGCAAAGUUGCUCGAGGGUACAGGAGAAUUUUUGGCACAGAAGGAAUUUUUGGCUUCGUUGGCAAGGAUGGUCUGGUCCCGGCGUGCUCACAUUAUUGCGGGCAAUGCUAGCGCUGAGCAAAUCACCAGCAGGCAGGUACGGCCACUGUCGACGUUCGGACUGGGUACCCAAAUUGUGGAGGCGUAUACACAGGACUACGGUUCUCUUGAAUGGCGCAGUGUCCGAGAGGCAUGGGAUUCCAUGUCUGAUUUUGUGGACUUCGAUAUUUACGAGGCUCUCUACGACUACGAUCUUUUUAGACAGUAA